GGGCACUGUGGGUGCUGUGGGCACAACGCUGGGGGCUGUGCUGGAGGUGACCCCUGGUCCUGGCACUGCCACGUGCGCUGGCACCGAUGGCUUGGCUGUGGCUCCUGGUCCUGCUGGCCCUGGCCGGGCCCGUGGGUGGCACCUGGGACACUUGCGAAGGGACCUGCGGGCUCCGGCCCAUGGCUUCCGACCACAACUCGAUGGCUUCUGCCGACGGCACGUCCCGCGUCGUGGGUGGCACCGGGGUCCAGCCGGGGGCCUGGCCCGGCAUCGUCAGCAUCCAGGCCACCUGGGAGAAUGGCACGUGGCACAUGUGCUCGGGGGUCCUCCUCAGCUUCCAGUGGGUCCUCACGGUCGCCCACUGCUUCCUCAGGGCCGGGGACGUCUACCGGUGGGACGUGGUGAUGGGGGCCACGGAUCUGACUCAGCCCGGCCCCGAGGCCGAGGUGAGGCACAUCCAGAGGAUCCUGGUGCACCAGCACUACGUGGCUGCCACGGCAAGGAACGACAUUGCCCUGCUGGAGCUGGACCAGCCCGUGGAGUGCAGCGACUACAUCCAGCUGGGCUGUGUGCCCGACACCUCGGUGAGGGUCUCGGAGCUCAAAUCCUGCUACAUCGCCGGAUGGAGUUUCGCCACACCAGGAGAUGUGGUGCUGCAGGAGGCCAAGGUCCACCUCAUGGACACAGAGCUCUGCAACAGCAGCCGCUGGUACGGGGGGGCCGUGCACCCCGAAAACCUGUGUGCUGGGUACCCACAGGGCGGCAUCGACACCUGCCAGGGGGACAGCGGGGGUCCCCUGGUCUGCAAGGACAACAGAGCUGACUACUUCUGGCUGGUGGGGCUGAGCAGCUGGGGAAGAGGCUGUGACAAAGCCAGGCACCCCGGGAUCUACACCUCCACUCAGCACUUCCACAACUGGAUCCUGCUCCAGACGGGCCUGAGCCCAGCAGAAAGAGCCGGUCCAGAACCAGAGCCAGCCGUCACCUUGACCCCCGUGACAGAGCCAGACAUCAGCCUGACCCCUGAGCAGCAUCUGAGGCCAGAGCCAGACAUCAGCUCGAUCCCCCAGCACAGCCAGAGACCGGCACCGACCUCCUCGGCCUCGUUAAUGCCCACGGCAUUCCCACUGCUGAUCCUGGUGCAAUUCCUGAACCUGCUGCAGGAAUUCCUGCGCUUCCUGAAGGACAAAAAGGCUUGAGCAGCGGGAUGAGCGGGAUCCAGGGCUACAGUGGACCACGGCCAUUUCCUGCUGGGCCACAGGUGGCCUUGGGGCCAGAGGCUGCUCUGUCCUGCCCACGCUGCUCCGCUGCACCCACAGCGAUGCUGACGUGACCGAGGGGCUGAAAUAAAGUUUCUGUGUUCCUCAUUAA